ACUGCACAUGAAAUUGAUCACAUGACACAGCAAUGGCGGCGUCCAUGUACAGACAAUUCCUGUCCGUAGUUUUAUUUGCGGGGUUUUGUAUCUCUGUAUUUGGACAAUGGCCAAUUCCUUAUAGGCGUUUUAAGUACAGACCAAUUUCAAACAACUACUGCAGGGCAGGAGUGAUUCCAUUUUGCCCAAAAGGGGAGAUAGCAAGUUCAAUGCCAAAAUUUAAACCCGAUGACAAAGUCAACAUCUAUGCACUUAAAAAACCAGUGUGGCAGUUCAAGUUUGGAGACCUUCUUGGGAAAUUUCAUAUCAUGCAUGAUGCUAUCGGAAUCAGUAAUCUCAACACAGGCCUUAAUUACACCAUGGAAUGGUAUGAGUUAUUUCAGCUCUUUAACUGCACAUUCCCCCAUGUUGUGAAUGAGACAGUUCUGUGGUGUAAUCAGGGAGCAACUUGUAUCUAUGAUGGCAUCGAAAACAAACUCUGGCAGCAGAAUGGGACUCUGGAUCUUGUUGCAACAACUAAUGGUUAUGUGUUUAACCAGUUUGCAGAGUGGGUUUUAUGGGACAACACCACUGGACUUUAUUAUGAAACCUGGACAGUGAGAGACAAGCCUGAUGGAAGCCUAUGGUUCGAUUCCUUCGACUGCGCUAGUUGGGUUCUACGAGCCUUUCAAGAAUUCGGGAACCUUGGAGUGAAGUUUAACCACAGUGUAAAAUUAAACUACACCCGCAUAAACCUGUACUCGGAUAUGCCUAAAUACCUUGGAAAUGCAUCUGUAGUGCUUGCCAACAAAAGUCUGAAAACAGACAUAAUGAAAUUCUACUCCAAAUUUCAAGCCCAUGUCGCUAGCCCACUUCUUAUAGAACAUUUGAUUUCUGCUCUGCAGGAAAUAUUUAUUGAGGACAAGUUUUAUUUCUUUUAUAAUGAAGAGUAUUGGUUUCUUCCAAUGAAAUCUCCACAUGUUAAAUUAACGUAUGAAGAAAUACCUCUGCCAUGAUUGUCACGUUUUGUCUUCCAUGACUAGUAGGGACUCCUGUGCAUUUGUUGAAGUUGGACAUGUCUCUUAGUUUUUACACAUAUACUGGGGUUAUUUAUUAUGUUUUACAAUGAUUCUUUAAUUCAUAAUCAGUAAAAAUCCAAAACUAAUAAUAUGCAUCUACAUUUUGUACGUGUACAAGGGUUGGUCCACACAUUUUAUAAUUGGAGCAAAAAUUCUUCACAAUUACACACAAUUAUAUCUCUGUCUUUGCAAAAGUGUUGGAUAUAAGCAGAUAUGCAACACAAUGAUCAGCAGUCUGACAUGAAUGUUUCCAUAGAAAUCAAUGUCAUGCAGAUGAGAGGCAUUGGACUAACAACACAAAUGCAGCAGCAAAUUUGAUUUUAUGGGGAGGAAACCAGUGUAGGAUGAUGUUUGUUCUGGUUGAAUUGUAUUUGUUCGAUAUUGCUUAGUUGAGGAAGUUAAAGGGCCCUAUGGAUGCUAUUAAAUCGUAUUUUAUCAUAAAACGUAUUACCUGUAAUCUCAGAAGAUCCUAUGCAGAAAAUGGAAAUGGAGUUCAACAGUUCUUAGUAUGUAGUAUGUUUAAUUUGUGGUUAACGAGUGUUGGUGAUUGUGGUAGAGAAGACAGGCUGUCUGUUUGUGGUAUGUUUGAUUCAUGUAAAUGACAUUGCAUGAUACUGUGUCUGUUUCCAUAUUUUUAGUGGUGGUUCCUUUGAAAGAAUAUAGUGUCACUUUAAACUAACUUACACCAUUAACAUGUAUAUAUUCUCUUUCUAUGUUACCCCCUGGACCAUCAAUAAGUAAAGUUUAUGAAAUUUGGAUCAACCCUUGUACAUCUAAGUAAAUAUAUAUUUGUUUGUAUACAGUACCUAGUACUACUAACAUGUGUAUAUUGAAGUGAUUUUUUUGGUAUAAUUUUGUUAUUUAAUACUCGUGCGUAGUACCUAGGGCAUUUGUAACAUGGUAUGUGUUCAGUGGAAACAAGGAUAAUUAAGAAAUUAUUAUAUUAAUUACAUGUAAAUCAAAUGUCAGAAUGAGAAUUUGUAUGAUUACUAUUAUAUAGCCAAGUUUAGGUCAGUUUACACUCUAUGAAUUUCACAGAUUAUAAAGCGUAAACUAUCUCAAACACUUAAAAGUUUUGUCAACUCAAAUAUUUUAUCAUGCACAGCAAUAUUGUUAUAGCAACAUUUGGAAAAUAUGCAUAUUAGGAGGUAAUCGUAUGGUGUGGCUCGAUACAAACCAAUUUGUUUUGUUUCAGCUACUUUGAUGAAUGCUGAUUAACCAAUGAAGUUGCACGUUACGACUUAAAUUGAGUUACUUAAUGAUUAAGCCACCUGUGAUAUUAAUGUUUAAAUAUAUUAGCUAUUUUGUUGAUUAUUGAAUUAAUUGUGAAAAAUAAAAAAAUGAAUUUGAAA